GUUCUGUGGCAAAUCUGCCAGGCUCUGGCCGGCCAAGGAGGGUUGGCACACCGGAAAAUAUUGCUGUUGUGAAGCAGAGUGUGAGAGACGAUCCGAAACAAUCAACAACGCGUCGAUCCCAAGAAUUGGGCAUUUCGAGAACCAGUUUGCUCCGCAUUCUCCACGAGGAUUUGAAUGUACACGCCUACAAGAUCCAAUUGACGCAAGAGCUGCGUCGGGCCGACCAUUUUUCGCGCCGAACGUUCUCAGAUUGGCUCCUUGAACACCGCCAAAUUGAUGCCAAUUUUUCAUCAAAAAUCAUGUUCAGCGACGAAGCCCUACAAGCCCUAACAUUCCAAUGUUUGAGAAGUUUCUCUAGAGCUGGAAAAGUGUGGAUCCCGAGAAAAUACAGCUUUAUACUGAAAAGCUAUCAUGCCUGAAUGGCCUGGAUUGAUGACAGUUUUCUCGACGAGUGUCCACCUUCCUGGUCACAUAGUGAUUCUGACUGAGAGCAUUUAAUGAUACGACAGAAAGAGCAGUCAAGUUAAUGCAAGGCUUCCAUGGCUUAAUCACUGCUGAUGAGGAACAAAAGCAAUUUUUAUUAUGAUAAGUACAUGAUCACAGGCAGGUUUAUCCUGAAUGUAAAAAGAAAAUUUAGUAAACAAUGUUCUUUUAAUGAUAAAUAUCCAAGACAUAUAAGAGACAAUUAAAGCGAUGUUUAUUAUUUGAGUCGUUAGAGUCGAAUGGAAAAAAUAGAGGGUAUGCGUAUCUCAUACAACAAUUUGUUUGCCCUCAUAGGCUGGGACACCCUACUGUACAUGGCCUAAGGUUAUGGUCAUCUAUAAAUAAAGUAAGAGGUAUGCACAAUGCAGCAAGUAACAAAGCCAACACCAACUACCAGUACAGGAUAAAUCAAAUGGAUAUGGCGUUAACACAGUUCGGCUUUAUGGGCAUCAGUUUGGUGAGAUCUGAAAUGAUGGGGGUACAUAACGUCUCUGAUCUUGAAUGGAAAGGGUUUAUACAUUUGUGGAGAGUCGUGGGUUAUGUUUUGGGUAUCGACGAAAGGUUUAACAUAUGUCGAGAAUCAGUCACACAUACAAAAAAGAUAUGUGAACUACUUAUACAAAGGGUGUUUCUCCAUCAUAUGCGAAAAACUUCACAAGAAUUCGAUGCUAUGUCCAAAGCUUUGUUGAAUGGAAUGUGGGCAAUGAAUCCUAUACUUCAACACGAUGUUUUCAUCCUUUAUCUGCAUAUGGUGCUGGAAAAUUCAAAGGACUACAAAAAACCUAGACCAAAUCUUCAGCCAUUAGGGACGUGGGGUACAAUGAAGUUAAGGGUUAUUAUCUUCGUAGUGUGGGCAUUGCAGUUUACCUUAAUAAGGCUUUUUUACAUGUAUUUGCAAAUUUUUGGACUUUGGCUGAUGAGAAAAUUUCCGUUUAUUGCUUAUUAUAAAUAUGGAAAAUGUGUGGCCCAUGUAAGUGUUGAGUGAACACACCAUUGAUAGGCGGUUUGUAUGCCUUACCAAUAUUCUGAGAAAACCGUCUAGGGUACCGAUAGUAGACAUUUGUAUUAAUUUGUAUAAAACUUUUUAGCAACAUAGCUGACGUCGCUCUCUUGCCUAGUGAAUCAGAAGGCCUUUAAGCCAGAUAUAGUUGAUUGUUACCAACACAUUAUUUUAUAUUAGUCAAAGUCGCCAAUGUGUAUUGUUAUUUUUUAUGGAAUAAAGAUAUUUGUUGUUGUGUUCGAGUAUUUCAAUAAUGC